GCACCAGCAGCAGAGCGCAGGGAAGCUGUGCGGAACUCAUCUCUCCUGCCUGGAGCACCAUCACCUUCCAGCCCACUCUCUGCCAGCCUCAGCAGCAAAAUGCAGCGGUUGUAUCUUCUCUGCUUCUGUCUCCUGGUGCUGGGACGUAUCCUGGAUGUCCACGGUGGGAACAAUGUCCUUGACUGUUGCCUGCGGACAAGCGAGAAGCCCAUCCCACGCCGGAUAGUGCAGGAUUACCGUCUCCAGCUGGUGCAGGAUGGCUGCAACAUCCCAGCUGCUGUGUUCAUCACCACAAAGGGCAAGCGCCUCUGUGCUCCCCUUGAAGCCCUGUGGGUGGUUCGCCUCCAAGAGAAGCUGGAUGCCAGCUCUGCCAGGAAGGCCAAACCCAAGGGCAAGUAGCCUCCGAAGAAGCCUGUGGCUGUCCCCAGCACCUGGAGUGGGGCUGUCUCCCAGCUGUGAAUCUGAAGCUAACGGAGCCAACCUGCUUCCACCUCCAGCCACAGGGCCAACCCUCCUCGGGAUUCGUGUCAGUGCACUGGGCUGGGCAGAACCCUGCCUGCUCUCUCUUUUUCCCUCUGUCUCCACUGUGACCCAGUAACCUGUGUCAGGCUGAGCUGGAGGCUGCUGGACCAGACACUCUGCCACCUUUGCAGCCUGGAAGAUGGUUGAUGGACUAUUCUGCAAGAUAGGUUUGGGGGGAUCUCAGCCUUCCCUUCAGUGCAUCAGCUGUGACCUCCAGGGCUAGUUCUGAUCCCUUUAGUUUCUAUUGCCAGCUCCAUGCCCAAGUCCUUCUGCAUCCCUGGGAAGGGCUGACAGGACAGGACAGUGUGGGCAUGGAUAGGAGGGAUGGAAAUGUUCAUCACUGGCCAUGCACUGUGCUGAUCCCUUGCUGAGCACAACCUAAAUGCCCUUGGGCAGAUCGUGGCCCAUGUGGUUACCCUCUCACACCCUGACUUUCCCUCCACCAUUUCCCCUCCUGCCCUUCCUUGCAUGGGUAAGGUAGAGCCAGUAAUGCAGUGGUGACAGAGUGGGCAGUGAUGUUGCCCUCAGUCCCUGCUGUCCUCAGGGAGUUGGCACCCUGCUUGGUCCCCCAGCCUGCCAUCAUGUUCAAACCCUGCCCCACACCCCUGCCUUGGCAGGGAUGCAUGAGCAGCGUUCAGACUGCUCUCAGGUAUUUGCUGCUAGAUCUGUUUGAUGUGACAAUUACGGGUGUAAAUUGCUUCUUUUCUCUCUUCUUUAUUGUGCUGUGAAUUUGUUAAAUAAAAAGAAAAGCCAG